AUGAGUAACGAUAAAAUAUCUUUAACCUUACUCGAACAUUUACCAGUUGAAAUAUUUUUACAAAUCUUUGCUUUUCUUCCAUUACACGAGCUUGUGGCAUCUUUUUCUGGUCUCAAUUUUUAUAUUGAUUCAAUGAUUCAGUCUGUCAGAGGUAGAAAUCAUGGAAUUAGAUAUAAUGAUAUUGAAGCAAUCAAUUUUCUACAAUUAUUUCCUAAUCCAAUUGAUCGUUUGGUAGUCGUAAAUGCUGAAAUGGCUGAUUUGACAUCAUUAAUUAAUUUACGUUCACUUACAUUGGAAUAUGGUACUAAGGCACAACUUAACACUAUUCGUCCACAUUAUUUUCCUAAACUUGAAAUUCUUCAUAUCAAAGCACUUCAUACGACUUUGAAUGAUAGUAUGGAAGCCAUAAGUGAUUUAUUUCAAGUAAUAUUAUCCAAUGGUUUUCCUGAACUUCAAAUAUGUACAGCUUUAGACAUCGGAACUGUACCUUUUAGUGACACAUGGACAGGAUCAUCUAGUCUUCAAAUGCUAAAUUUGAAAAUGGAAACAGAUCAAGAUUGUAAAAAACUUCUAUCGAAGCUUCCAGACGGUUGUCAAUUGACAACUUAUGAAAAUUCAUCGAUCGAUCAAAUUACAGGUCGAAUUUUGCUACAAAGUGAACCAUAUUGUCGUGCUUCAUUUCUUAUUGAAAUCGCAUUACCACGAGAAUAUCCAUUUAAGCGUCCCGAAAUAACAUUUCUGGAUCCUAUCUAUCAUCCAAAUAUUUUACCAGCUGGUAAACCCUCUGGUUGCAGCUGUUGUAUUGGCUUUCUAGAUCAUGAAUAUAAACCAUCAACGUCACUGGCUAGUAUUAUCACGACUAUUAUUGAUCUUAUUGAUAGCCCUUUUACCGGUGAAGAAUCUCACAAUCCAGAACGUCUUUUAGAAUAUCGUAACGAUUAUCAGACAUUCUGUAAGAAAGCAUUAGAAUGUACGCUUUCAUACGGACGACCACGUUACUAA